GCAGAGGAGUGAUGAGGUGAAAUCAGGACUAAACAACUGGAGUGUAUCCUGUAUAGAUAGACAGAUACAGCGAAAUGGAUUCUGGUCCGACAAUGGUGACCAAAAAUUUAUCAUGCUGGGGAAUCUUGUUGGAUCACUGAGGAUGCCUUGUAUAUUGGACCUCAAGAUGGGAACCAGACAACAUGGAGAUGAUUCAUCAGAGGAGAAGAAAAAGUUGCUAAAAGAUCGAUGCGCACAGUCCACAUCUGCUACCCUAGGUCUUCGUAUCUGUGGCAUGCAGGUCUACCAGGCAGAAACCGAUACCUACCUUUCUUACAACAAGUACCAUGGUCGGGCCUUGGACGACAAUGGUCUUCGUCAAGAUUUACGGCAGUUCUUUCACAACACCGGCUCUCUAAAUAUACGUGAGGUGUCCCGGAUGAUACAAAAACUGCGCAGACUCCAUCAUGUGCUAUCUACACAAGAUACGUUUUACUUUUUCUCCUCUUCUCUGCUGCUUUUUUACGACGGUUAUAUUGAGGAUUAUCAGAAUUACGACCAAUCAAAACAAACAACUGCAUAUUCUGAACAAAUUUCUGACAAAUCAGAGGAGGAUUUGUCCGUCACCAGUUCAUCUCGUGAUCUCCCCGAAGGAUGUAAAAUGGAAAAAGCUGAUGAUGGGAACUUCUACCCGUUUGGUUGUGACGACGUUUCAGGCACGGCAGAUGCCCGGAUGAUUGAUUUUGCGCACACGGUUCUGAGGACGGACGUACAGGAACACCAGGCUGGCGUAGAGGAAGGAAUUUUAUUUGGUUUAGUUAAUCUUAUAGACAUACUGCAGUCAAUCGCCGACGGCUAAUAUGUACCUGUUAUUGGGUUUUUAAGUUUUAUUCAGGAAAAUUUAUUGCCACAGGUUGCCUUGGUAUUGCCUACUUAAUUUUUCCAUAUUCAAAACGCAUGUGGAAUUUUACAUUACAUCUGGUAAACUAUUUAGAUGUUAAUUGAAAAUGUCUAAUUAUUAAUGAUUUUCAAAAAAAAAUAAGAUUUAGACACAUUUUUUUCAAUCAAUUAUCAUUCCGUGAGAAUUAAAAUAACAUUGUUAAUCCCUUUAUUAUCUCUAUUUUAAAUCUGCUGAAAGUACCCCCACUGUAAUGCAACUUUGUGUUUUAUUUUACCAAGUAUUGUUUUAAAUAUAUCUUUAAUGUAUUAACCAUGUUAUCGGGGUAAGAACAGAUAUCAUCCUGCUGAUUUGCUAUUUUUUUAAUCUUUUGAACAAAUGAAAUAGCUUAAACAUGAGUGUUCAAUUUUACAUGACAUUUUCAAGGAUGUAGAAUAUAUUUACAUAUCGAGAACAGAAGUCGUUGUUAUGAUAUUCAUGUGUACAUAUAUUAUUGGCAGCACAUGUAAUAUUUUUCCAUAUUGAUACAAUUGUUAUAUUUUGGAAUUUGAAUUUUUACUUAAUUAACUUUUACAUACCGAACAGUGCUGCCAUUUUGGAAUGCUAUGAGAAAGAGAAAUGUGGCAAUAUUUGUAACAUUGGGACCUCUAUGUACUUGUUGAUCCAGUGAUCGUGUUAUGGUUAGCCGCACUCACGAUGUAUACUUCGCCUUUUAACUUGUAAAUAACAGAAAACUGUUCUAGUUCCCAUUGACAGUGUGUGUGACUCACGUGACAUUUUCAUCGUACAAACCGCUUCAAGUUUGUUUUAUUUCAACGUUCGGUUGCAAAAACAUAUUUAUAUACCAUAUUUGUACGUUCUAACCAAUGUUUGCGACACACAUUUUCCAUCUUCUCAUUGAUAACUUCACCAGCUGGUUUUGUAGGCCACUUUGGUGGCUGUUUCCUGUCAGUUAGUUGAGUUUCACUGAGAAACAACAGGGGGAAUCUGGGAUGGUAUCACAAACAUAAGUUAGUAGGUACAAGUUUGGUAGGCAGUUUAGGCUAUAUAUCGUGUAGAUAAUAUGUUGCUGUGAAAGAAGCUAUAACAUAAAACAUACCUGAUGCUGCUAUCAGCAUUUCAUUUUGUCACCCACGCACCGAUUGAGGUCAUUCCAGUUAGGAGUAAAUGUUAUUUUGCGAAUAUUAACACACACAAGUUGGCUGGGCAUCAGAAUGUUUUGGAAAAAAUGUUACAUUGUGUUCAUGAUGGUGACAUAGUUGUUUUAUUUUUGUAUUGGGAUGAACGUUUUCCCAACAGCUGACGUUUUUCAAACACGUGUAAACAUUAACAAAAACAAAACACAGAUUACGAGAGACGGGUUACAAAAAAAACGGAAGAAAAUAUCAAUUGAAUGGACAAUGUGAUAAUGUUAGUUUUUCUGUUUGGCCCCGAAUAUCCUAAAGGGGCCCAUAUCCCUCUCCUUUUAAAAAUACAACCAUCAAGAUUCUACAGGGGCCCCAUAUCCCUCUCAUUUUAAAAACACGACCAUCGAGCUUCUACGGUGGUCCAUGUACCUUUUCUUUUAAGAUACACAGCAAUGGAAUGCGGCAGGUUUUAAUGCAUAUUUUUCCAUUGAAUCUUAAAACAGAAAACAUCGGAGAAAACAACCCAGGUUCUGCAGGUGCUUCCAUAUGAGGAAACCAAUAUGUAGCAGCACAUUCGAUUUUCUAUA